AAAUAUUGAAUAUUUUGAGGAAAAAAAGAAAAGAAAAGAUCACUAGUUAGCCAAAUGUGGACGUUACCCAAAAACUCCUGCAGUCCAAUUGUGGAUUUGUGGGCAACAAAAUGUGAGUGAGAUUGUGAGAAUGAUGUCUGUGUAGGAUUGUUUUUUCCGAUUCUUAAUCAGUUCGGAUGAACUCUAUAUUUAAACGAGAAUUUCAACCAAAAGUUUCAGUCUUCGGCAGCAGAUCGAUAUCAGCCGUCACAGCUCUUGAAACCCAAUCAGUCUUCUCAGAAGAACAACCCGAAAUCUCCUUCCAAGAACCCUGCAAGUCAUCAUUCAAACCGCUGUCUGAAACCAAAAUCCUGCACGCUCGUUUCAUCAGAGCACAAUCCUCGGUUAAAAACUUCUCGGCCGUCAAAUCAUUACUGGAUGGGUACUACCGGUGUUCAAGAAUGGACUAUGCACUCCAGUUGUUCGACAGAAUGACUGUUCCGUAUCCUUUUUGCUGGAACCUUAUUAUUUCGGGCUGUAACAGAGCUCUGUUGUUUAGAGAGUCAUGGGAAUAUUUUUGCCGUAUGCACAAGUCAGGGGUAUGUAUGGAUGGGUUUACAUACGGAGGAAUUCUUUCUGCCUGCGAAGCCUUGGAGUCUGUGAUUUGCGGCGAGCAGGUUUAUGGCCUUGUAAUGAAAAAUGGGUUCUUUUCGAAUGGUUACGUAAGGUCUGGAAUGAUAGAUUUGUUUGUUAAGAGUUGCAGAUUCAAUGAUGCUUUAAAGGUGUUUUAUGAUUUUCAAUGCUGUAAUGUAGUAUGUUGUAAUGCUAUUAUAUCUGGAGCUAUUAAAAGUAGGAAACAUUGGAAUGCUUUAGACAUUUUCAUUCAAAUGUGCCGUGAGUCUUUGAUACCGAAUGGUGUAACUUUCUCAAGUGUGCUAAAAGCUUGUGCUGCAGCUAAGGAGUUUGAGAUGGGGAAGAUGGUCCAAGUGUGGGCAACAAAAUGUGGGUGUGAGAACGAUGUCUUUGUGCAGACUGCUUUGGUCGAUAUGUAUGCCAAAGGCGGGUUUCUGAACGAGGCUGUAAAGGUAUUCGCUGAGAAGUCAGGUCACAGUGUUGUUUCUUGGACAGCUAUGAUAAAUGGGUUCGUUCAGAGCGGAGACUAUGUUUCCGCGCUUCAAUUGUUUGUUGAAAUGAGGCAAAAGGGGGUGGAAAUAAAUGAUUUUACCAUUUCCAGCGUGCUCACAGCUUGUGCCAAGUCAGCUAUGAGUAUAGUAGCAUCGCAAAUCCAUUCAUGGAUCUUUAAAGCUGGGUUUUAUCAGGAUUCAUUGGUUAAAAUCUCUUUGAUCAAUACGUACUCUAAGAUUGGGGCAUAUGAUUUGUCCGAAAUGGUCUUUUCAGAGGCUGAAGAUCUCCAGCACCUUGGUUUAUGGGCUAAUAUGAUUUCUGCUUGUUCACUAAGCCAGAGCCCCUCUAAGGCAAUUCUUUUGUUUCAGAGAAUGUUUCACGAGGGGGUAAAACCAGAUGAGGUCUGUUGUUCUAGUGUUUUGGGUAUUAUAAACUGUCUAAACCUAGGCAGGCAGAUUCAUUGCUAUGCACUCAAAUUUGGAAUAAUUGGCGAUAUGAUUUUGAGCAGCACCCUAUUCACAAUGUAUUCCAAUUGUUUUAGCUUGUUGGAAGCUUACACAGUUUUUAAACUUAUUGAGUGCAAAGACAACGUUUCCUGGGCAUCAAUGAUUUCUGAUUUUGCACAUCAUGGUCGCCCACAUGAGUCGAUCCGGUUGUUCAGAGAGAUGCUCUCAGAGAAAACAAUGCCCGAUGAAAUGACUUUAAAUGCCGUCCUAUCUGCAUGCUCCUCUCUUCAGUCCUUGAGGACUGGUAAAGAAAUCCAUGGCUUUGCUUUCCGUUGCAGAACGGAUGAGUUUGGCAAUGGAGGUAGUCAGAGUGCACUGGUGAAUAUGUACGCAAAGUGCGGAGACCUAGUUUCCGCGAGGAGAUUGUUCCUUAUAAUGCCCCAUAAAGACAAGUUUUCGUGCUCCUCCUUGAUUGCCGGGUACUCUCAAAGAGGUUACAUAUGCGAAUCCAUUCAAGUGUUCAAAGAAAUUCUCGCAAAUGAUUUGCCUGUAGAUUCUUUCACAGUCUCAUCCAUGCUUAGCUCCGUUCCUCCUCUGACCCAAUCUGGCAUUGGCCUCCAACUCCAUUCCCAGAGUAUAAAACGCGGAUUAGACUCGGAUGCUUCUGUUGGAAGCUCAUUGGCUAUGGUGUACUCAAAAUGUGGAAGCAUCGACCAAUGCUGCCGAGCAUUUGAACAGAUCCAAUGCCCUGAUUUGUUCAGCUGGACAGCCAUGAUUUCAAGCUAUGCUCAGCAUGGGAAGGGAGGCAAGGCCUUAAUGGUUUUUGAGCUUAUGAGGAAAUCCGAAAUCGCCCCUGAUUCUAAGACAUUCACCAGUCUUCUCUCUGCUUGUAGCCACUCUGGUUUGGUACAAGAAGGGUAUUUUUUCCUGAAAUCAAUGAAAGAGGAUUAUGGGAUAGAGCCUAGUAACAGGCAUUAUGCAUGUAUGGUUGACGUUCUUGGUCGGUCCGGGAGGCUGGAAGAGGCUGAGAGGUUUAUUCAUGAGAUGCCUGUAGAACCCGAUGCUUUGGUCUGGAAAACGCUGCUCGCUGCUAGCAAAGUGCAUGGUGAAGUUCGGCUCGGGCAGCUAGCGACCGGAAAAAUUUCUGAAUUGGAGCCAUUUGAAGCUGGAAGUUGCGUUUCUUUGUCGAAUAUCCGGGCAGGUGUGGGUCAGUGGGAGGAGGUGUUGAAACUUAGAAGUACUAUGAGGGGAAAGGGUGUAGAGAAAGAACCUGGGUGGAGUUAUUUUUGAAUCUUUUUUGCUAUAGGCUAUAGCUAUACACUCUCUGCCCGUUGACAAAUUGAUUAGGCGGCCUUUAAGAAAAGUGUUGAAAAGUAAAAAAAAAAAAGUGACCCUUAAGAAAAGUGUUGAAAAGUAAAAAAAAGUACGGGAUGCAUGUAAAUUUCACAUUUUGUUCUUUGCAGUGAUCAACCACAAUUUGGUAUCUACUUGGAGGUACAUAAAUUGCUUUGUUCUUU